AUGAAAAACGCCUCCGCGCAUCCAGCUGAGACUGAAAUCAGAAAGCAGCGCCGUCAAUUUACUGGCCCCGCACUGGUCAGCACCGAAACGUCAAAGUCUCGAGUCACGACUGACAAGAUCGAUCCGAGUCCCGUCGUGUCGCGGCGGACUCGAGUGGACGGGACAGCAGAGGCUGACAGUGUACUGGCCACCGUUUCUCCAUGCAGUAGUAGUAUCCUCACGGUGGGCGCGCACAAGCUGGUGGCGCGUUUUCUUGGUGGCUCGCCACGCAAAAUGUCGACGAGUUCAGUGCCGACGGAGAAACGCUAG